GUCAGCCUGCACCAGUUGUCACAUUAUUUUGCCGCACGGGCAGGAUCUCGCUUCACGGACGGAAAUUUCCCAAUAUGGUGAUACAACCCUGAUACCGGUGGCCACGGCAGAUAACCCGUCACGCUGAAAGAAUUCGCAAGGGGCGUAUCGCGAGAUGUCCAAACCUAGCAAGGCCGGCAUCGAGACCUCGGCUGAUGGUGGCUCGUACAUUCCUUCCUCCAAGCGCGCGGACGGGUCCACCAGGAAAGAGAUCAAAGUGCGACCAGGCUAUCGGCCACCAGAAGACAUAGAGACCUACAAAAAUCGGAGCGCCGAGGCAUGGAAGAAUAGAGGCCCAGGCGGAGUUCCUGGAGCCGAUCCCGUUGCCUCUGCAAAUGAUCAAGGCACGGCCAAAAGCAAGAACGCAAAACGAAGAGAGGCUGCCCGCAGAAAGGGCGAAGGGAAGGAGGGAGCCGCGGAUGUUUUGGCUGCAGCCAUGCAGAAGACGAACAUAGCGGAUACAGAAGCAGACCGAAUCAAACAGAAUUGGCGAGAUCCAUCUAAGUUACAAGAGAAUGAACCGGCUUCUCAAGAAUCAGAUCCACAGAAGAAGAUCCGAAAUCAACUGAAGAAGCUGAAGGCUGUGCGCGAGCUGAAGGAGAAACGGGCAACGGGCGAAAAACUGUCACUCGAUCAAAUCAUGAAGAUCGGCAAGGAAGGGGAGUUGCUUCGCGACUUGAGGAAGUUGGGUUACGAUGGACCAGAAGUACAAGCACUUACCACCGAAUCUUCCACGACCGACUCGACGUGAACGGGUAAGAAACAACUCCGCGACUAUUGCCAUGCUCUUGGAUGGAAUCCAACGAAAAAUUCAUCAUGCUGGCUUCUCCGCGAGAGAGAUGUUCUGACACAUUUUCUGUAUGUGACAAACCGAACAAGCAAACCUCUUUUUCGGCUAUUGCGCUGCAUUUAAUGGCGGCUUCGGCGACCUACAUCCAACUCGCGGAUCGUCGGUGAUCGUCAUUCGGCGAUUGUCUCACCAAGGCUACACUAUUUUGAACGAUUGGGACGGGCGAGCUAUCAGCAAAUCACCGUGUGCCGAUAACAAAAGCAAACAUUAUCCCUGCCUCCAGGCGACGUUUAGACGCUCGAAUAAUGGCAAUAGAUGAACCGAGGAGCGAACGCAUCAUGCAGCUCGAAUACGUCAGAGUAGUUCGAAUGGAUUUCGAGUUGUCAAGAAUGAGACCCCAAGUCAGUAUGGCAUUAAAUUUUAUUGCUCCUGAUUUCUUCUUUACCGUAUAUUCGACACACCAGACUCUAGCAUUCUCCGAGCCUUCCCCUUUGGUCCGACAGACAUGAAGGUCGCCAUCUUGUUUUUACGGUAGUACACAAGAUCGAAUCCAACCAUGACCCGGAUUCCAUGUCCAGAACCUAAAAGAUACUCCUCUGCGGGUUCUAUCAAGUCCUCGCUUCUCUGCGAAUGAGCUACCUCAAUCACAACUGUGGGUCCUUUGGCUUUGAUGUGACAGAAAGAAGUGUCAGGAUCGUGGGUGCCGUAGCCAUAGGUAAUGUCGCCGAGUGGUUUCUAUGCGUGUAUGAGCAUAAUUUUCAACGCCACUUGCAACUUCCGCAGCUGAUCC